AUGGCUCCCAUUCCUGAGGCUGAUCCCGAUGAGGUUCUGGAGACCAAGCCCUUCAAGUUCGUGACUGGUUACGACGCUCGUUUCCCCCAGCAGAACCAGACCAAGCACUGCUGGCAGAACUACGUCGACUACCACAAGUGCGUUAACGCCAAGGGCGAAGACUUCCGCCCAUGCCGCCAGUUCUACCUCGCCUUCCGCUCCCUCUGCCCCAAGGCCUGGACCGACCGAUGGGAUACCCAGCGCGAGGCCGGUAACUUCCCUGCCCGUCUAGGGUAA